GUUUGAUUUAAUUGUUGGGAGUUUUAAGCGUCGAACCGACGUUGUCUUUGUUCAGUCAGUACGCUCGUGUUGUGAGGCCAAGUAACUAAGAGUAGAACAGUGCGGAUUGUUUUGUGAUAUAAUUUUCAUUCUAAAUGUAGAUGGCUAUGACAGUGUUAUGCAUAAGACGUGGACGACGAACUUUUGUCUCAAGCAUUAAAGCAUUAACCUUGAUUUUUGGAAUAUUAGCAAGCGUUAUUGUUUUGCUUAACAUUUCAAGUGCAAUGUACACAGAAAUCACUAGUACGACCAUUCAAUUUGAAAAUACGGGAAAUUUCAACUACCUUGACUCAUCUUUGACUAUCUGUAACAAAAACAAACAACCAUUAUUCCUCUUCAUAGCUGUACCCAGUACAACAGGCAACUUUCGACAGAGGAUGGCUAUUCGAAAUUCAUGGGGAAGUGUUGUGAAGGGAGAUGAUUCCUUACAAUUGGUUUUCUUUAUCGGAAAAACAGUCAACAAAGAGAAUAAAGAUACAAUUGCCAAGGAGAAAGAAAAGUACAUGGACAUUAUUGAAGUUGACAUCGAGGAAAAAUAUGAAAAUUUAGCAAAGAAGUCAAUUAGUAUAUUACAAUGGAUUCACCUCAAUUGUGAAAAUCCUAAAUAUAUUUUAAAAGUAGACGACGAUAUCUUUUUAAAUAUAAAUCUUUUAAAAACCUAUCUCGAUGUUAAAAAUCUUAGUAAUUCGAUUGUAGGGUGUAAAGUAAAAGGUGCUUCGCCAUUUAGAUUCCCUCUUUCUAAAUGGCGCAUUUCACGAGAGGAAUACAAAGAAGAUGUGUUCCCAGACUACAUUAGCGGACCGGCCUACGUCAUAUCCGGUGAUAUUCUCUCUAAACUUUACCUUGCUACGAAGAAAGUGCCAUACAUAUUUUUAGAGGACGUGUAUUUAACAGGAAUAUGUCGGAGACAAAUCAACGCCAUUGCGGUGGGACAUCCUGGCUUUAGUUGCGGAUAUAGAGAUCAAGGACCAUGUGGCGGACACUUCCGGUACAAAAUUACAGGACACCAUUAUAUGCCGGAAGAAAUGGAACGAAUGUGGACAGAACUGAACGAUAGGUGGUAUACAUGUCCAUUUAAGCAUUCUCAUUGGGUGUCUAAGCUAAAAGAUUUUAUUUUCUACUUUGUUUAAUAAAAAUCUAACAAGAA